AUACUCAACCAUCAAUCACUAUUUUGAUAGUUUGCAUAAACAACAUAUAUAUCAUAUCCACUCAUGAUCGUUUAAUUAUCUAUUCUUGACAUCUCCAAUAUGGAGGUUUGUAAACUCUCGAUGUAAGACAUUAUGUCUCGAUUUAUCAAACAUAAUACUUAAGUUUAUUAUCUUAUACAAUAUACCUUAACUCAUGAUUCUCAAAAUUAGGAGUGACUCUCAACCAACGUUUAUUGAUCAUUAACUUAGUCUAUCAUAGGAUAGUAAAGAUGUUUGAUCUCUGGAUAAUUUUUUUUAUCUGAAUUCAAGGCAAUUUACACAUCAUUCACGGUUCUUUCCUUGACAUGGAAUUUUAGCUAUCGAUUCCGAACUUAUAGCACACACACUGAAAAAUUAUAUAUUCUUGAUAAAUAUUUUCUAUUAGUAAUUAAUAGAAUAUGUUAAUGAUAUAUCGCAGGCAUAUGAAAAGUUGUUGCAAUUGAAUAGUAGAUUGAUUACUUUAAACCAAUGUGUUAGAAAUCGUACUAUACCUGAAGGUGGGACCGAAAAUACCGGACCUCAAAUAGUAAGUGGUUUUAGUGGUACAAAAUUGUUGAACCACAGUUCAAUCAUGAUUUUAGUACAAAAUAUCUUAUCACUAACUUUCGCGGUAUAACUUCCGAUACCGUUUCAUAAUCAUUGCUUCGAACAAAGUCAUCUGUAAACUAUAUUUACAAACUCUCGAAAACGUUGUAAUAUUUAAUAUGUUGUAUAAACCCAAAAAUGAAAAAAGAGUCCUUCUUGAAAACAUAUUCUACUAAUAAUUUUGGAAUACAUUCUGCUAAUAAUAAUAAAUGAAAGAAGUGUCAUUCCAAGAAACAUAAACCUAAUCUCAAUAGAAUUCUUAUUUUAUUAGGAUAAUGUAGGGGAUGCUGGCGGAUUUUUUACAUAUAAUUUUUUAUUAAUUUUUUUUACUUUUAGUAUGCCAAAAUGACCCUUUCUACAAUCACUCAGAGAGCUGAAAAUUCUGAAUGAAGGAUGUUCCAUGGAAAAGGAGAACCUCUAUAUAGUAUUGGUAUGAUGAUGAUGAUAUGUUGACUAACAAUAACCGACAUCACCGAUCUAUCUUUAUCGAAUUUGUUUUUAUCUAAAUUGUUCGGAUCAGCAUGCCAAUUUAUUAGUAAUGAGAAAAAUGAUACGGAUACUCAAAUUAGUUAUCAAGUAAGAUGGAGAAGAAAUUGUGAUUUCAAGUAAUAUAGGUUUGCACCAAAUAAGCUGAUGUGUCAUGUUUGGACAAGAAAUAAACUAAAAUGAGAAUCAUAUAACCUAGUCAAAGUCCAUAUACCAUUUUAUUAUUAACUUUAGGUCCAUAUUUUAGAUUUGGAGUUUUGGACAAAAACGUGACCCAAAAUGAUGGAGCCAUUUUAAUUCUCAUUAAUUUGUUAGAAUGAAAAAAAUUCAGUGACCAAAUUGCUAUUUACCCAAAGGUUGCUAUUGUAAUAUUUUUCGGUGCCAGACUAAACUGCUUCUCCUUCCGCUCUCUUCGAGCUGCUCAGCUUCGUUUCACUCCUCCGGCGAAACCCAGAUCGUCUCCAAGCAAGCGAUACAAAGGGAAGAAACAAUGUUACAGUGCAUAUUCCUCCUCUCCGAUUCUGGAGAGGUAAUGCUGGAGAAGCAGCUAACUGGGAAUCGAGUAGACAGAUCAAUCUGCGUCUGGUUCUGGGAUCAACUUCUCUCUCAUGGCGAUUCCUUUAAGCAACAACCUGUAAUUGCUUCUCCCACCCACUACCUUUUCCAAGUUGUUCGUGAGGGGAUCACCUUCCUGGCUUGCACCCAGGUUGAGAUGCCACCUUUAAUGGCUAUUGAGUUCCUUUGCAGAGUGGCGGAUGUUCUGUCGGAUUACUUGGAAGGGUUGAAUGAAGAUGUGAUAAAGGAUAACUUCAUCAUUGUGUAUGAGCUGCUGGAUGAGAUGAUGGAUAAUGGCCAUCCUUUGACUACCGAACCUAAUAUACUUAGAGAGAUGAUAGCACCACCGAACAUUGUCAGCAAGAUGCUGAGUGUAGUGACGGGUAAUAGUUCGAACGUGAGUGAAACUCUCCCUGGUGCAACAUCAUCUUGUGUCCCUUGGAGGACGACCGACAUUAAGUAUGCUAAUAACGAAGUUUAUGUAGACCUUGUUGAAGAAAUGGAUGCAAUUAUUAACAGGGAUGGGAUAUUGGUGAAAUGUGAGGUUUUUGGUGAAGUUCAAGUGAACUCCCAUAUCACUGGGGUUCCUGAUUUGGCUCUUUCCUUUGUGAAUCCUUCUGUUCUAGACGAUGUCAGGUUCCAUCCCUGUGUUCGGUAUCGACCUUGGGAGUCUUAUCAGAUACUGUCUUUCGUCCCUCCUGAUGGACAGUUCAAGCUAAUGAGUUACAGGGUGCGGAAAUUGAAAAGCAUUCCGCUGUAUGUGAAGCCACAGAUUACAUCCGAUGGUGGCUCAUCUCGCAUCAGUGUCAUGGUUGGAAUCCGGAAUGACCCUGGUAAAGCUAUCGACUCAAUAUCAGUGCAAUUCCAGCUGCCUUCUUGUGUCUCAUCGACUGAUCUAACUGCAAAUCAUGGAGUUGUGAAUGUUCUCUCGAAUAAGACAUGCAUUUGGUCUAUCGAUCGAAUACCAAAAGACAGAGCCCCUUUGUUAUCCGGGACAUUGUUACUGGAAAACGGCUUAGAUCGUCUCCAUGUAUUUCCAACAUUUCAAGUAGGAUUCAGGGUACAAGGUGUUGCUCUCUCAGGUCUGCAAAUUGACAAACUGGAGCUCAAGGUUAUACCAAACCGCCUUUACAAAGGUUUUCGAGCUCUAACACGAGGGGGGCAGUAUGAAGUGAGAUCAUAGGUUGGAUCUUUUCUUACAUCAAAUUUGAAGUGUUGGUGCUUUGAAGGGGGGAACAAUUCUUGGAUCUUCAUCUUCUUGACUAGUUGUAAAAAGGAACACAAACUGAAUGGGUAGUUGGUUAUUUGAAUGGAUAAACAAUGGAAGUCUUUGGAGCAUGGUUUUUGUAGCAUUUGGGGAUUCAAUUGUGAGUUGCAUCGCCCUAACGGUUAGUAUCGGCCAUUUGGUUGGGUCAUGGGUGUGUAUCAUCUGCAUUUGAAUCAGAAGUUUCUUGAUUAAUCAAAAGAAUAUACUUAC